UUGUUGUUCUGGCACGGCGUACGUGAACGCGGACGAACCCGUAUCUUUGAAGCAGUCUGAAAAUCUCACUUCAUCGCAGCGCUUAGUGGCUCAUUCAACGGUUUCAAAGUCCCUCGUCAAACGCGUUCUCCAGUGUAUUUGAAUACGAAAGUGUCAUAAAGUAUGCGAUUAUCCCGUAACCAAAGUGUAAAACGCCCACAACAACAGCUGCUCCGAUAAACGCCGAAACGGAAAGGCAAACAAAAAAUAACUCCCGGAUUUUACGUCUUAGGCAAUUGAUUUUGCUGGUCAGCCGGGGACCUUCAGAGACUUCAGUUCUCUAGGAUUUUCCAGGAGUAGCACAGCAUUAAAGAAUCGGAUCUGGGCUCGUCGUAUAAUGAUUGCGCAAGUGAGAUGACGCCACUGCCGAUGAGAACGAUACGUUAGGGGGCGUUGAACUAUGGGAACAGAGGCAUGGGCGUGUGCGCGGACCUUGGGUCUCAUCGAUGGUGUCGGGCUCUGAGCCGGCACAACACCCAGAAAUCGGUGGAGCAGCAGCCCCUGCAACUCCCCAGCAACGUCACCGUGCAUCCUUCCGGCGGUCCAGGACCAACAGCUAUUGACGCGACAACCACGAUUCCCGCUUUUAAAACGCUGUUAGCAUCGCCAGCGAAAACGGCAGCAUUCACAGUGAAGACAACGAGAAGAAGACGCCGACGAAGGGCAGGCAGCUCACCCGGCGCUCCCAUCUGCAGCCACGGGACUUUGCAGGUGCUCCAGUUAGCGUUGGUCUCCUUUCUGGCCCUUCUAGCGAAAAAUGCCCAGGCGCACAACAUUCCAGAAGACGCCGUGCACAUCACGGCCAUUCUCGGCGAGGGCGUCAUCUUCAACUGCCACGUGGAGUUCCCCAACGACCACCCCGUGCCAUAUGUCCUGCAGUGGGACAAGAAGGUGAGCGAAACGGGCUCCGACCUGCCCAUCUACAUCUGGUAUGAGAGCUACCCAGAGCACAUCGAGGAGGGCUACAAGGGGCGCGUGUCGCGCGUCUCGCAGGACUCGCCCUUCGGCUCCGCCUCGCUCAACCUGACCAACAUCCGGGAGUCGGACCAGGGCUGGUACGAGUGCAAGGUCGUCUUCCUCAACCGGGACCCCAAGCAGCACAAGAACGGUACAUGGUUCCACUUAGACGUUCAUGCACCGCCGCGCUUUAGUGUUACGCCAGAGGAUAUUAUAUACGUUAAUUUAGGUGAUUCUAUUAUACUCAAUUGCCAGGCCGACGGCACUCCCACGCCGGAAAUACUCUGGUACAAGGAUGCCAAUCCCGUCGACCCCUCGCCCACGGUGGGCAUCUUCAACGACGGCACCGAGCUGCGGAUCUCCACCAUUCGGCACGAGGACAUCGGAGAGUACACUUGCAUUGCACGCAAUGGUGAGGGACAAGUCUCCCAUACGGCCCGUGUUAUAAUCGCGGGCGGCGCUGUAAUCAUGGAUAAGGCGGCGCCCGACAAACACACUCGCACCAAAUCCAAGUCGAAUGCCGUGAAUGAGAGACUGACCAUACGCGUGCCCCCGACCAACCAAACGAAGAACGAUGGCGACAAAGUGAUAUUCUCCUGCGAGGCUAAGGCCAUGCCCGGCAACGUCACGGUCCGCUGGUACCGCGAGGGGUCGCCCGUGCGGGAGGUGGCCGCCCUGGAGACGCGCGUCACCAUCCGCAAGGACGGCUCGCUCAUCAUCAACCCCAUCAAGCCGGACGACUCGGGCCAGUACCUCUGCGAGGUGACCAACGGCAUCGGAGAUCCGCAGAGCGCCUCCGCCUACCUGAGCGUCGAGUAUCCCGCCAAGGUCACCUUCACGCCCACUGUGCAGUACCUGCCGUUCCGGCUGGCCGGCGUGGUCCAGUGCUAUAUCAAGUCGAGUCCGCAGCUGCAGUACGUCACUUGGACGAAGGACAAGCGCCUGCUGGAGCCCUACCAGAUGAAGGACAUCGUGGUGAUGGCCAACGGGUCGCUGCUGUUCACGCGGGUGAACGAGGAGCACCAGGGCCAGUACUCCUGCACGCCGUACAACGCAAAAGGUACGGCCGGUGCCUCCGGCAUCAUGGACGUGCUCGUCCGGAAGCCGCCCGCCUUCACGGUGGAGCCGGAGACACUCUACCAGCGCAAGGUCGGCGAUAGCGUGGAGAUGCACUGCGACGCCCUGGAGGCGGAGGGCACCGAGCGGCCCACGAUCAAGUGGCAGCGGCAGGAGGGCGAGCAGCUGGCCGAGUCGCAGCGCAACCGGAUCAAGAUCUCCGGCGGGAACAUCACCAUCGAGAACCUGCGGCGCGAGGACUUCGGCUACUACCAGUGCGUGGUCUCGAACGAGGUGGCCACCCUGAUGGCGGUCACCCAGCUGGUGAUCGAGGGCACCCAGCCGCACGCCCCCUACAACAUCACCGGGAAGGCCACCGAGUCCUCGAUCACGCUGCAGUGGCUGCCGGGCUACAGCGGGGGCUCGGAGUACAAGCAGGACUACACGAUCUGGUUCCGGGAGGCGGGCGUCAACGACUGGCAGACGAUCUCGGUGACGCCCUCGGGCAGCACACAGGUGACCAUCAACGGCCUGGCCUCCGGGACCACCUACGAGUUCCAGGUGGUGGGCCGCAACGUCCUGGGCGACGGGAUGAUGAGCAAGGUGAUGACCGUGCGCACACUGGAAGACGCUCCGGCAGCGCCACGUAAUGUCAAGGCUGCAACACAACCGCCCGACUCAUUCUUUCAGCUAAUGCCAGACGAAGCUGGUCCCAAGCCAGGUCCACCCAGGAACGUGUCCGUGACGGAGGUGUCGAACGGGUUCCUCAUCACAUGGCAGUCACCGCUGGAGCGGGCGCACAUCGUCAAGUUCUACACCAUCAAGUACCGGACAGACGCGCAGUGGAAGACCCUCAACCGGGGGCAGAUUCGGCCGGAGGAGACGCAGUACCUGGUGAAGAACCUGGUGGGCGGAAGGACCUACUACUUCCGGGUGCUGGCCAACUCGGAGAAGUCGUACGAGUCCAGCGACGAGGUGAAGUUCCCUGUGCCGGCACGUGUCAAGCACAAGGCGAUUACCGCCGGCGUCGUUGGGGGCAUCCUGUUUUUUAUUGUUGCGAUCAUUUUAUCGGUUUGUGCCGUAAAAAUUUGCAAUAAACGUAAACGACGAAAACAGGAAAAAGAGUUCAACAUGGUAGCUUGCAGGAUAACGGACGCUCGUAACAUUGCCGCCAAUAAUCAUCAUUUGCACAAUCGCAGUACGGGCUCAAUUUCCUCUGGUCAAGUGCCUUUAAAAAAGUACAAACAAACCCGAAUAUCAAGUCUAACCGCCAUCCUCAUCGCCAUACUGCACUGGAUCUGGCCGCCCGAUCGCUGCACCAACUGCCACUCCAUCUACAGCUCGCCGAACCUCGAGGACGGCGAAGGGGAUGGCGGUGGCGGAGGACGAAGGCGGUCCGUGAGCCGUAUUCAGCGGAGCCUUGACGGACGCUUUGUGUUGGACGUGGAGGGCGUUUCUAAACUCGGAUACUCGCAGCAGACCUUGGAGCAGGGCAGUGUGGAUGUGGUGGACGGCGGACUCUUCGAGCGCAGGAACAGCAACGUGUCCCAGAAGUCCUCCAGCGACGACGGGGGAUUUCUGUCGAGGCGAAACUUCAUCACAGCUCGGGCUUCGUGGCGCCGUCCCUUGGUGGCCUCUUCCAGUCAGCUGAGUCUGCAGUCGGCGGCGGACUCGGCAAGGGGCUUUCUUCAAGGCCUCCUGAAAAUAGGAGGCAAGCAGUCCGCAGGUCCCAACCAGCAGUCUUACUUCGACGAGGCAGUGAGUGGAGCUCGCUACCAGAAUGUCCUCCGGCCCUACACCAGCAGCUACAACUUGUACGGAAACGCGGACAGGAGCAGGCCGCUGCAUAUCAACACAAUCAGCGGAAGCCUCAGCCAGCAGCACUACACUCCCUCGCGGACCUCAAGGAUAUUCUCGAGCUCCCCGCAGCAGCACAACCACCUGCAGCACCACCAGCAACUGCUGCUCUCCAGCGGAGGCAGUGGCUCGUACCCCACGCACUUCAGCGACCUGAGCACCGUGUAUCCCCCGAACUCCGCCGAGCGAUCGUCGCACAACCUGAGCAGCAGGUACAGAUACUACUCCCAGGAGCUGCCCUCCUUGAGGACCAUUCAGGAGGAGACGCGGCGCCAGCAGCAGCAGCAGUCGCACCUCCUGGAAGACCACUUCGUGCCCCUGCAGCUGCCCUCCCCUCCGUCGUGGAGGUGCUACUACCAGUCGCAGGCCAGCUACCGCCCUCGAACCCGAUGGUAUCCCCGCCACCACUCGCGGCUGUUCGGCAGCCGGCAGCAGCAGCACGAGAUGCUCUCUCCCUUGCCGCAGCUGAACCUGAACCUGCGCAACUCCAUCAACCCCGGCGGCCUGGAGGCGUCCCCGGAAUCGCGCUCCAGUUCGAGUGGCUUCGGCUCGAAGAACACGUCCAACCACCCGGGAAGCACCAGCGAAUGGCGUCUGCUGCCGCCUUACAGAGCCCCUCCGUCGCCGUCCAAGCACUUGGGCUACUUCGGGGGACAGCAGGCCCAGGGGCAGACUCCCCACGCCUCCUACUCGUGUCCCAGGGCCACGACGCCCCCGUACACGAUGGCCCACUGGCUGGAGAUGAUCUCAAGGCUGAACGCGGCCACCGACAGCAAUCUCCCGAAGGCCUGUCCCGUGGACGUGGGCAGUGUGGACGGGCACUACGAGUUCGACCCGGCCACGCCCACCCCCAGCGCCUCCAGCAUGCUGCGCGAGGAUCUCAACCUGCACAUUGACACACACCCCUACCACCACCACACGCUCGGGCCGCUCAGCGGGAGUCUGCUCCAUAGCCACGCCCCCUUUGCAGGGGGCGGCAGGAAGGCGAGAUCACUGGCGGGUCACCAGCCGCGAUACGACAACGUCGAGGUAAGGCUGCAAGCCAUGAGGGAGGAGUUCUAUGCCUACCGCAAGCGCCAAGCGAUUCAGCAGAUGGAGAGCGUUUGCUGAGCCAGUGAAGCAUUUAAUUGGUACAUGCCACCCCAACGGCCAUCUCGCCCACAAGUGCAACCACACCCACACCCACAUUCACGCCCACGCCCACAACACAAAGAGCCAGUUUCAUAGGAAAUCCCUCGCAGACAUUCCGACAAAGUUGGACAGCAGCGGCCGAGGCAAUAAGACGCGAUAUAAUAUUGGAUCAGCCCCCAAUUCAGAGAUGAACUUUAAAAGUUUGGCCUCCUGCUAACUCACACUGAAAAACAAAAACAAAGUAACGAAACACUUAGAAGCCAGAAACAAUUAGUAGAUUUAAACGUGAGGAGGAAGCUGUGUAAAUAUAUUCGAGGCAAGAAGAGAACCCCCAGAAGGUUAAGUAUAACAUUAAAGAACUAUAGCAAUUAUAGCAACAUAUUAUUAACAUAUUAAAGGCAAGUAAAUGAAGCAAACAUUGUUUGGCGUCAUAUGCAAAGAACAAAUUACAGUUACAAUACAUUAUUAUUUUCAAGUGUACUAGAUAUGAUACUUGAGGUAUCACAGAUCGAUUAUGUUAAACAUUGAGCAUUAAAUAUUAAUUAACAAUCCACAAGAGUAAGCCUAAAUUAUGUUAUAUUACAACUAAACUAAAUUAGUAUGGAAUAUGCUAGCGGUUAAGCAUUUAGUUGUUAACAACUAGAGCAGAGAUGAAAAAAGAAGGUCGACUCGAAAAUAAAACGCUAAAAACUAAAAAAAAAAAAUAUAGAGAAAUUGUUUCAUAAUUAAAUUAUUUAACGACAAAACCUACAAAGAAAAGUAAAAGACGAGGCAAAAAAACGAAAACAGUUUAACAAGAAUUAAAUGAAAUAUAAAUGCUGCAUAUAUGUUUACUGUUGAUCUACACACGAUAAUUAACUCAAGCAAAUAUUUAUUAACCCAAACGUAAAAACAAAACAAAAAUCAAAGAAAAACGAAAUGAAAGGAAACCAAAAACGAAGCGAUGAGCAACUAUUCUUUCCGGUUUGACUCACAUCCCAAGACAACGUCAAUGAAUAAGCUAGGAACAUAGAACAGGUCCUUCGAUCCGAACAGAUCCUGGAUUCCCAAGAGCGAUGGUAUUGGUCUUAGGUUAUAGGUCAGUUGUGUAUAAGACAGUUCCCCGGAUGCAGCUUAGUUAAACUCGACGACACUCGAGGCGUUUCAGUUUUUAAGUACUUGUUAACAACAAACGAUAAUUGAUUAAUGUCUAAUGAUCAAAUUGUACGGAAUGAUGGUUUGACACAACUUGACGCCAAAACACUGCCAGAGCGAGAGAUGCGAGAAGACCGCGAGUGUGUAUAACGUGUGUAAAUUUCAGAGCAUAAACAAAAUAUAAUACAGUUAAUAUAAUCCAGUUUACGAUAACACUAUUCAGGGGACGGUUGGGGCACAAAAAAAAUCGAGAAAUCAACUAUGAAUCAACCGACUAAUGAUCUCAAGCAUUUCUUUUUUCCUGCGAAAAGCAGUUUUGCGAACCGUACUGAGUUCCCCGAUUUUUAAAUUCUGAUUUCCGCCCUAGAUAUGAGCCCACUUUUGCCUGACAGAUAAUCAGAUAAUCAAGGGAGCGCGGUCUUAACAUAUUACUCAGAUCAAAUAGGUUGCUUUUUGUAUUAUAGGGCACAGAGAAAAUCGCAUUUAAAUUGAAAACUAGUAUAACCGUUUGAAGAAGGGACAAAAUCUCGAGUUGUGUUGCAUGUUUUUGAAAAUGUUGAUUCAAGCAAAUAAGUUAAUUUUUGUGUUGCAUUGGACACCCACACUCUGACACGCUCACACUGAGAGCACACACAAUGAACGUUUAACUAGAAUGAAAUAAAUUAAUUAAUUAACUGAGCAUUAACGGAAGGCAAACGAAGAGGAGCGCAAACGAUGAUUGCGAAAUGACAGCCUAUAUUUAAUUUUAAUUAAGCGACGGAGCUACUUAUGAGAUGUUAGGCGCAGGACCUUAAGGAAAAUAUAUACAUACAUAUAUGAUUAUUUAUACGAAUACAUGUGUAUGUGGUACAUAUAUAUGCAUAUAGAUACUGGAUUACACGGCAUGUACAUUAUGAGGAGUGCAUUGUAACUAAGUUAAGUAAAUCUAACGCUUUAGUCUGCCACUUUGAUUUUUGGACAAGGUGCGCCAGUUAACUUUUCGACUCGACUCAAAGAAAUGAACAAAAAUAGGAUCUAUUAAAGAUACAUAAUAAAAUUAUAAGAAAGGGAAACCUAUAUUCUUUUGCACCACCUUUCAUCUUGACGACCAUUUGAUGACAUUUCCAGACACAAACUUAUAAACUUUCGCGUCACUUUCCCAUGCCCGCCAACACACUUUCACUUUCCAAACCUUCCCCACUGCAAUUCCAAUUCAGCAUAUAUAAAUCGUACAAGGAUAAAUCAGUUUAGAACGAAAUAUAUUGUAAUUAAUACAGACACACA